AUGGCAACUUAUUAUAGGCCACUAUGGGCCUUGGCACUUUGUCUCGUGUCUGCGGCUAUGGUAGCAGCAGACAGCGACUAUUAUUCAUCUCCACCGCCCCCACCAUCACCGUAUGUCUAUAAAUCUCCGCCACUGCCGCCAUACGUUUACUCAUCACCGCCUCCUCCACCUUAUGUCUACUCCUCGCCUCCACCACCGCCUUAUGUUUACAAAUCACCGCCACCUCCUCCUUAUGUUUACAAGUCUCCUCCACCGCCUCCUUACGUCUAUUCUUCACCACCACCAUACGUCUAUAAGUCUCCACCGCCACCUCGUUAUAUUUAUUCUUCUCCACAACCACCUCCUUACGUUUACAAAUCUCCUCAUCCACCUCCUUAUGUUUAUUCAUCACCACCACCACCUCCAUACAUUUACAAGUCUCCACCCCCACCUCCUUACGUUUACUCUUCUCCCCCACCACCUCCUUAUGUUUACAAGUCCCCACCACCACCUCCCUAUGUUUACUCUUCUCCUCCACCACCUCCUUAUGUUUACAAGUCCCCACCACCACCUCCCUAUGUUUACUCUUCUCCUCCACCACCUCCUUAUGUUUACAAGUCUCCACCACUACCGCCAUCUCCUCCUCCACCACUAUACGUCUAUUCUUCCCCUCCACCACUUCCCUACGUUUACUCUUCCCCACCACCACCGCCUUACAUUUACAAAUCUCCCCCACCACCUCCCUACGUUUACAAGUCCCCUCCUCCACCACCAUACAUCUAUUCUUCCCCUCCACUACCUCCCUACAUUUACUCUUCCCCACCCCUACCGCCUUACAUUUACAAAUCUCCCCCACCACCUCCUUACGUUUACAAGUCUCCUCCACCACCACCAUACGUUUAUUUUUCUCCUCCAUCACCUCCUUAUGUUUACUCAUCUCCACCGCCACCUUCUUACGUUUACAAGUCGCCUCCACCUCAUAACGUCUAUUAA